UCGUACCUUUUUUGUCAAUGGAACUAUUCUCCCCAUUGUAAUCAAAUGUUUAAUUCAGUACAUAACUUCACAAUUAUCAUUAGUUCAAAUUUAUUUACAGAAUAAAAUUAUGAGAUUCACUCAUGUGAUCGAUAAAGCUGCUGGUGAACUGUACACUACAUUAUUCCUGUAAAGAAACGGGAAGAGUAACUGCGUAAAAAUGGUCAAUCUGUCCAUGACGGAUCCUAUGGAUGAUGAACGAACGCCCAAUGAUGACAGCGACAUCGCUAACAUCAUCUCCAUCAGCGAACUGGCCGAUGCCUUGCUGCCCGACAAUGACCUUCUGGCUGAUUACACCCCCAACGAAGGCGAGAGCUUACGCAAUCAGCCUAACUUCGCCGUCUUUCGACAACGCUACAUCGACCGACUGAAAGGACAACUGCAGGAUCUGGACCGCACUCUGAAGGCGCAGGCCUUGGAGACUGAGGCCAUCCAAACCGAAGAGGAGACCAAUGCCGACUGGAUGUGGGAUGUACAGCAGAAUUAUGCGCGACUGGAGAAGGACACCGCCGCGGUUAGCGCACAGCGUUUACAGCUGACCAACGCCCUGAUGGAUCUGCAGGAGGAGCUAGUCGGAGCAGAGAAGGUGCUCAGCCAGGAGGAGAAGUACAAGGCUGAUCUUUUGGAUAACGAGAAGAAAAACCAAGGGGAGAUCCAACAGUUAAACGAUUAUUACCAUAAAUACUACCAGGAAAAGGAACAGACUUAUAAGGACGCCAAGAUUGUCGACGUUGGAAUUACACGCCAGAAGAAAGAACUGGUGCUGGCCAAACUGCAGAAGCGCCACCUGGACUUUGAAGUGUACCGCUACCAGCGUCAGAUCAUUAGCGCCGAGGAGCGGUUGGAGCUGCGCGCCGCUAUCCAACGUCAACGUCUCGAUGAUCUAGCGGCGCUACGGCAGGAGAAGCUGGAGACUGAAGCGGAGUUGGAGUUGCUGCAACAACAGAGCGGCCAGGUGUCACGCGCCCUUACCGCCGACAUGCGGGUACUGGCUGAGCGCAACCAACAGGCGUCCGGUCUGAGUCAGCAGCUGAAGGCCAGCGGAGAGGCCUUCCGCCACUGCCUGGCGGAAUGCAACGGAUACCGCAAGGAUAUCCGGGCGCUGCAAGCCGAACAUGAACAUUUGACACUAGUGACAAUUCGAGCAUCGCGGGAGCUACUGGCAUAUGAACGACGCAUUGAAGGACUGAAUCGGGAUAUGGAGAUCCUGUAUAAUAAGCACGGGGAGAUGAGCCGGCUCACCGUGGCGCUCAACGAUAAGGCCGACGCGCUGACUAAGUAUGAGAAUCAACGCCAGCGGGAGCUGCAAGACAUCCGGGAAACACUGACCAGUGAAAUCAAGAAGAAAAACGAUGCGGAGAUGGCGCUGCACGAGACUCUAAUGGAGAACAAAUCCUUCACAAAGGGCGCCCGCUACUCACAAGCGGAAUUUACCAAACUGUCGGAGAAACUCAGCCAACUGGAAGAAGAUGCCGGCCAGCAGGACUACGAGAUCGCCCAGCAGGCAAUCCUCCGCAUCGAACUGACCAACGAGACCGAAACCCGCAGCAAGGAAAUGCAACAACUGGCGGAUAAGGUCAAACAGCGCGAGCAGCGCUUAAAGGACGCCGUAACCGCCCUCGAGCACGAGAGCAGCUUGAUCGACCGCCGUCAGGACAAAAUCAACCGCUUGCAGGCCAAGCUGGAUGCUCUAAUUGCCGCUUCCGGGGGGGAAGAGGUGCGGCCCAUCGAGAUUCAGCUAGCCAAUCUGCAGUCAGAGAUCCAGGCGAGCGAAGAGCAGUACCGGAAGUUAAAGAACGACUGGCUGCGCUACCAGACCAGCAUCGUCCGACUGACCGAACAGCGCGAUAACAUCAAGGCGACGGCCACGGAUCUCGACAACCAGGCUUUCAUCGCUAAUUACAAGCUCAAUCGACUAAACAAGGAGAUAGGACAAAUUGAUGCGGAGUGCGCCGAAUACGCCAAGACAGAUAAGAAGAUCCAGGAGAAUAUUGCGCGCGCCAGUCAGCAGUUGUUUCGGUUUAAUCAGCAAGAGCAGGAGACGGUGAUGAAGGCACUGGAUGCGGAACAUGCGGCUAUUGAGGGGCUGAGAAAGGAGGAGGUGCGGCUGGAAGAGGAGAAGGCCCGGCUGGAGCAAACAGCCGAGCAGCUUAAGAAUAUCGAACAAGUCAUCUAUGACACGAAAGAAAAAACGCUGAUGUGGGAGCGAAAACUGGAGCUGAAGAAGCACGCAAAGAAAUCCUUGGAGGAAGACUUUAACCAGGAAGAAUUGGAGAAUCUGAAAAACGAAGUUCAUAAACUGCAACUGGACAAACAAGCACUGGAGAAGGAGCAAUUAAAGGUCACCCAGGAGAUGCUCUUUUCCGCCGAGCGUCGUGACCAGCUACACUCGCAGUCCCGCCGCCGUGUGUUAGAAGGCGAGGCACCUUCUCUAAAGAAGCUGCAGCAAAUUGUCGAGCGGAAGUCUAAGGAAGUGCAGCGCUUACAAAAGGAAUUGCGGGCGGUGCAAAUCUUUGAGAACGAUUGUCGGAAACGGUUGGAUCUGGGGCAGAAGGCAGCGGAGCUGCAAACGGAUGCGGUAAAUAACCUAGAGGGUGUCUGGAAGGGAAUCAUUGAGCGAAAGGGGCAGCUGCUGAAGGAGCGUUUUCAGGUGCGCUUGGAGAACUUUGUGGCUCAGCAAUAUGGCAAGCUGUACUUGGGGGUACGUGCCGGGAGGGCGCCGGCAGCGAGACGGAUAGCCAAAGCCACGGAGCUGAGCGAUCUCAACACCAUCAUCACUGAUCUGCAGGCCAAGACGGAUUCACUGCAGAAAGUCAUCGAUGCCAUCGGCGAACGGCAUCCUGGGAUUUACGAAGAUAAGAAGGCUCAAACGGCCACGACAUCCCGAAGUGGCAUCGCAGUUUAGAAUACUGGUUGUUUUUUUAAAAAGAAAUUAAAUGUGCGAAGCAGUCUUCGCACAUUUACUGUUUGGUUAGCCCGGGCAUCCUUUUCUUUUGCAAUGCAUUUUGCACUGUUUAAAGUGACAGUUACAGGUAGGAUUUGGCCUAGUACAGGCGACCGGAGCCGGCUUAUAUUGCUGGCUUAAAGUUUGAGCUAAAUCUGCUGCUGCGUUUGACGUCCAGUCUGUGUCAUUAUAAGAAAAGGGCGAAAUCGGCAACUGUUCCGAUUAAUUGUCAGCACUUGAUUGUAUGCCGCGCUGUGAAUAGACAGCCGCCCUUAAGCAGCUACGGAAACUGUAGCACAGUGCACAGCGAUAUGAUUGUUGUGAUUCGCACCUGCCAGCUGACCUCACCGUCUGGAGUCACAUUUCCAAGCGGGAACGCGGAACGCGCCACGAGACUGCAACCCUUUAAAUUCAUUUCAUUCCGACUCGCCACCGAACUGUGCCGAAAUCGAAUUGAGAAGAGGCUGCAGCGCGGAUCAGCCAAGACGAAAUGUUUGUCUAGUGGAUGAUCGUCGCGCGACCACGUGCGUCCUUAAUCACCAUUAAUCAGCGCUCAAUGCACGCCCUUGUCCGACUCAAAUCCAACUAUAAUUAAUUGCUUCUGUUUACAGAAAUACUUGGCUCCUUUAUAAUUUUUACGUAUAACGGGCAAAUCUGUAUACUCGUUUUCAAUUAAAGUCUUCAGUUAUUAAUGGAUCGAUGCAAUAAUAGUAAAGUAUUACAAUUUUUGUUUCAUUAUAAAUCACGUAACGCUUAAAAUUUGUGCUGAUUCUGUGGUGCGAGAAA